AUGGGUAGCCCCAUGUCGUCUGUCCUCUGCGAAUUAGUACUUCGUAAUCUAGAAAACAGUAUCAUCCCUUCCUUACAACAAGAUAUAUUGAUAUAUGCGAGAUAUGUUGAUGAUGUAUUUAUCUUGUGGAAGGAUAAUCGCAACAUCAAGCAUUUUGUAGAUCGGAUAAACAGUAACCCGUAUGGUUUAACCUUAGAAUUGGAGCAACAAGGGAGUAAUAGUGUUAAUUUCUUGGAUCUGACUAUAACAUGCAUAAAAGGGGAAAUCCGAACCAAUAUUUAUUGUAAACCGACAUCUAUUCCCAUCAUUAUCCCCAAGAAUUCAGCGGAUCCGGAGCAUAUUAAAAUGGCGGUAUUUCGAUCUUGGAUAAGGAGAGCACACACCCAUUGCACAAAUGUUUGCGAUACUGUUAAGGAGUUACAAUAUAUACGAAGUACUGCCGCGCAACAUGGCUACGGAAGAAGAAGAAUAGAGGCCCUCAUUAAGAAAGAUAAUAAUCUUAUAAGGAGGCAAAAGCAAAACCACCAAAAAGAAAGAAUAGUCAUCGAUUAUAUACCUUUCCUUAAACCAAUUAUCAAGAGGGUUUCCAAAAAAUUAAGUUUUUCUGCAGAAUGUGAAAUUCAUUUGUUUGGUUCCUCUGUUAAUGGGUUCGGUCUCAAAGACAGUAAUUUAAACAUUGAUCUUGCCGUCCCUCAAGGAAUUUCUCCAUCCAGAGUUCUCCUUAAUACAUAUGAUAUAAUUAAGGAAAGAGAAGAUAAAUACAUAAAUGUAUGGAAAGAUUUUACUGCAGCUGUUCCGAAGAUAACGUUUUUAGAUAGACAAACAAAUCUGACAUGUGAAAUAACACUAAAUAAUGAAUUUUCUGGGAAAACCAGUCGUUUAUUUGCCCACUACGCCUAUUGUGAUGAGAGAGUUCGUAAAUUAGGAAUAAUAUUUAGAUUUUGGGCAAAGGUCUGUGAAAUAGAUCAGCAGCAAAUAUGUUCACUGCCAUCUUACUGUUAUCCAUUAAUGGUGAUAUUUUUUCUUCAACAACAUGAUCCACCUGUUAUUCCUGUUUUACAUGAAUUGACAGAUUUUGAUGGUGAUGAUUCUGGAAAUGUGUUUCAGAAGACAUCUUGGAAAUCUAUAAAUAAUCAAAGUGUGGCUCAAUUAUGGAUGGAAUUGCUUAAAUUUUAUGGUACAAAAUUUCUGUUUAAGCAUCAUGUAAUUUCAGUCUGUCAGUUGAAACCUUUAUUAUGUACUGAGAAAAAGUGGACAACACGAAUGAUGUGUAUAGAAGAUCCUUAUCAUAAAAAAAGAAAUGUUGCACGAUCCAUUGCAAAUCAUCAGUGGUUUCAUUAUAUUGUUGAAUGUAUAAGAAGCACUUAUGAAUAUUUUAUAACUUGUCGAUCACCUUCUGAUCAAAGUUUGAUUGAAAAUGAAGUUUUUGAAGACGACGAAGAUGAGGACGAUGAGGAUGAUGACGAAGAUAUAGAUUUCGUAUCUUCAGAUGAUAUUUGUGAAAAGUUUGAAGAAGAACAAGAUAGUGCUUUAAAUACUGAUACCGUAAAAACUAUACUAAGUAGACUGAAUUUAGGAAAUAAUGCUGAGGAUGCUCUGAAGUAUCGCAUUCCUGGAAGUUCAGAUUUGCAUGAUAAUUCUAAUUUACAGACUUUAAAUACAAGUGAAAAUAAUCAAUCAACAUUUUUAUAUAAAUUUGAUGUAUCUAAUUUUAUAACACUUAAGAAGCCAACAUUAUAUUGUCGACAGUGUCAGAAAACCGGACAUUACAAACAAAACUGUACAAUUGACGAGAAUCUUCCCGAAUUAAGGCCAUUGCCAAAAAUGGAUGAACAACAUAAAUUGUUGCUUACAGAAAUCUGUGAAGUUAUAUUUAAUUUAUGGAAAUUGUCUCCGAAAGUUCAGGAAGAAAAUAAAACUCUGUUAUAUAGUCUGCAAAAACACAUCCAAUGUAGAUUUUUAGAUGCAAAGCUAGAACUUUUUGGUUCCUCGUGUAAUGGUUUUGGAUUUAUAGACAGUGAUCUUGACAUCUGUUUAACUUUUGAAAACAAUUCUGGAGAGGCAUUAAAUCAACAACACAUUAUAGAAAGUCUGACUGCCGAAUUGAAAAAGUAUAAGAAAAUACAAGACAUUCUUCCAAUACCAACUGCUAAAGUUCCCAUAAUUAAAUUCUCUUUCAAACAUACAAAUAAAGAAGGCGAUAUAAGUGUCUAUAACACGUUGGGUCAGCAUAACACUCGCCUCUUGUUAACUUAUAGUAAAAUUGAUCCCCGAGUUCAGAAACUAGGUUACGUACUAAAAUUUUUUGCUAAGAUCUGUGAUAUAUGUGAUGCAUCUCGUGGAAGUUUGUCUUCAUAUGCAUACAUAUUAAUGGUUUUGUAUUUUUUACAACAAAGAGAUCCUCCAGUUAUUCCUGUUUUGCAAGAACUGUAUGAUACCUCCAAGCCAAAGCCAGUUAGAAAUGUAGAUGGAUGUAAUACGUGGUUUUUCGAAGAUAUUCAUAAUUUAGAAGAUGUAUGGCCCCAAAGUAAGAAAAACACAGAGACUCUUGGUGAAUUAUGGUUGGGUCUUUUGAGAUUUUACACUGAAAAAUUUAGAGUGAACGAAUUGGUCAUAUGUAUCCGUCAGAAGGCUCCAUUAACUCGAUUUGAGAAACUUUGGAAUACGAAGAGUAUAGCAAUUGAGGAUCCUUUUGAUCACAAUCAUAAUCUAGGAGCAGGUGUUUCAAGAAAGAUGAAUGCAUUCAUAUUUGCUGCUUUCAGAAGAGGUCGCGAACAUUUUGGUAGGACUCCGCCCAAUAGGAGGGAUUUACCGAAUAUUCUUGAUUAUUUUUUCAAUGGAAAACUGUUCACGGACGGUAAAAAUCCUCCAAAUGAAAGAGGAUGCCGAAUAUGUAACAAAAUUGGCCAUAAAAUGAAAGAUUGCCCUCUUAAAAGAACAGACAAAUUUAGGCACAAGCAAUUUUUUGGCAGCAAAAGAAAAACAAAUAGUGAAAAUCAAGGUCAAAAAUCUCAAGAGAAGAACUUUUCAUAUAAUGAGAGAAAUAUGAACAAGUCCAUCCAUAAAGAUGCUCAUUGGAAUAACACCACAAAUACGAAUUUCCAGCAAUCAAGAGGAUUCAGCCAGAAUUCUGCCAUAGGGGGUAAUAUCCCGCAGAAUUUUCAACAGUUCAAACCCACAAAUGUAAGACAGGAUACGAGAAUAGUAUCAAGAUUUCAACAGAGAGACUUUAACAAAUGAGAGUAGUAGUGAAAGUACAAAAGAAUGCAUAUGGUAUAUACAAAUAUAUAUAAAAACAAAAAGAAAAAAUGAAACCAUUAAAAAAUAAUUACAAAAUGAAAAGGACAAUUCUUAAAAGAUAUAUCUCAAAAUACUUUUUACAAAUUAUGUAAAAAAUUAUUUUCUGUAUUAUAAUUUUUAGCAUCGUUUUGAUCUUAUAUAUAAAUUUUUUCAUUAUCGUAGUGGUCGUAAGACAUAUAUAUAUAUACAUGUCUGUAUAGAUUUAUUUUUUUUUUGGAGAAAAUCAUUUAAUUUUGGGAAGUCAAGAAUUUUAACAAAUUCUUUUAAUAUGUUCACUGUUACUGUUUGGUUUUCAUCUUUCAUUUUUUAAAAAAACGACAACAAAAAUUUGUUAUUUUUAGAAGACAUAAUGAGAUAUUCUUAUCGUGAAUAUUUUCACCACAGUGCAUUUGCUCUGUAAUAUAAAACAAAAAUGCUUGAAAAUCAGCAGGGAUACUGUAACAAUUUAUGUACUGCAUCAAAAACUAUUAAAAAAUGAAAAUAUU